AUGCCAAUUUUCGGCGGUUUUGACAUCUUGAAUAAUCUCAAUCCAGCUGGAUUGCUUUUCUCUCCGAAUCAAAAAAAAACUUACCUCUCGAAUACCUACAAACCUAUUCAGCGGUCUUAUCGGCUACUAUUUUGUCUCACUAUUUCGUCUCAGACCAAAGUAUUUCAUCGAGAAAAUCUCAACCAAGGCAACGACGAACAGCAGCUUCCAACCGCGCGUCAAGACCCUACUGGGCCCACAUUUGCCACGAUAGAGAACCGAGACCGAUCCGACGUGGAUCACGAGGAUCAAGAUCAAUCGGACUUCGGAAGCGAUGAGGAAGAAGAGGAAGAUUCGGGAUACAACUCUGAAACUUUGGGCGAAGAAGAUACAGACAAAUCGGACAAGGCGUCUGCAACCGAAGAGAGCUCUACUGAAGAAGCCGAUUUGGAGAGUGACCAUCACAACGGGUUAAAUAGCGAGAGCGAAUCCGAAGAAAACAAUCUGAUCACGGCCGAGAAUACCAACAUGGAAGAAGUUGAUAUGACCGAUGAUGAAGACUUUGACGGAUUGUUCACCGACUUGGAGUCUGACGGGAAUCGAUCUGAAACUACUGCCGCCUCAACCUGUACCGAUUCCAACAUGAAUGCGGAGGAUUCUGACGAUGAAUUUUGA